AUGGGGCUCUUGCCCAAGCCCGGCGCGCGCCAGGGCAGCGACGCCUCCUCGGGCCGAGCCCGCCGCUGUCCCCGCUCAAUUUUCAGCAACAUUAAGGUGUUCGUGCUCUGCCACGGCCUCCUGCAGCUCUGCCAGCUCCUGUAUAGCGCCUACUUCAAGAGCAGCCUCACCACCAUCGAGAAGCGCUUUGGCCUCUCCAGUUCUUCCUCGGGUCUCAUUUCCAGCUUGAAUGAGAUCAGCAACGCCAUCCUUAUCAUCUUCGUCAGCUACUUUGGCAGCCGGGUGCACCGUCCGCGGCUGAUUGGCAUUGGGGGUCUCCUCCUAGCCUCAGGUGCCUUCGUCCUCACCCUCCCACACUUCCUCUCAGAGCCCUACCAAUACACCUUGGCCAGCUUUGGGAACAGCAGCCACUUCCAAGCUGAGCUCUGUCAGAAGCACCGGCAGGACCUGUCCACCAGUAAGUGCCUCAGCACCACCCAGGACUCCCGGAAGGAGACCAGCAGCAUGUGGGGGCUCAUGGUGGUCGCCCAGCUGCUGGCAGGCAUCGGGACAGUGCCCAUUCAGCCGUUCGGGAUCUCCUAUGUGGAUGACUUCUCAGAGCCCAACAACUCGCCCCUGUACAUCUCCAUCUUAUUUGCCAUCUCUGUGUUUGGACCGGCUUUCGGGUACCUGCUGGGCUCUGUCAUGCUGCGGAUCUUUGUGGACUAUGGCAGGGUGGACACAGUUAACUUGAGCCCCGGAGACCCCCGAUGGAUUGGAGCCUGGUGGCUGGGCCUGCUCAUUUCCUCAGGCUUCUUGGUUCUCACGUCUUUCCCUUUUUUUUUCUUUCCUCGAUCAAUGCCCAGAGGAGUGGAGAGGUCUCCUGCCGUAGUGGAUGGGGCAAGGAAGAUGGAAGAGGUCCAGCCAAGAGCCUCCCUGAUGGAUUUCAUUAAACGGUUUCCCCGCAUCUUCCUGAAGCUCCUGAUGAACCCACUCUUCAUGCUCACGGUCCUGGCCCAGUGCACCUUCUCCUCCGUCAUCGCUGGCCUCUCCACCUUCCUCAACAAGUUCCUGGAGAAGCAGUAUGGCGCCUCCGCGGCCUAUGCCAACUUCCUCAUCGGUGCCGUGAAUCUUCCAGCUGCGGCCCUGGGGAUGCUGUUUGGAGGAAUCCUCAUGAAGCGUUUCGUUUUCUCUCUGCAAACCAUUCCCCGUGUGGCUGCCACCAUCAUCACCAUCUCCAUGAUCCUCUGUGCCCCUCUCUUCUUCAUGGGAUGCUCCACCCCGGAUGUAGCAGAGGUCUACUCCACCAGCACAUCAAGUUCUAUACAUCCGCAGUCCCCCACCUGCCACAGGGACUGCUUGUGCCCAGACUCCAUCUUCAACCCAGUCUGUGGGGACAAUGGAGUGGAGUACCUCUCCCCGUGCCAUGCCGGCUGCAGCAACAUCAACACCAGCUCCAAGCAACUGACCUAUUUCAACUGCAGCUGCAUAACGGUGACCGGGAGAUCCGCUUCAGCAAAGACGGGAUCGUGCCCCAUCCCCUGUGCCCACUACCUGCUCCCAGCCAUCUUCCUCAUCUCCUUCGUGGCCCUCAUAGCCUGCAUCUCCCACAACCCCCUCUACAUGAUGGUCCUGCGUGUCGUGAACCAGGAUGAAAAGUCGUUUGCCAUCGGGGUACAGUUCUUGCUGAUGCGCCUGUUGGCCUGGCUGCCGUCUCCAGCCCUCUACGGCCUCGCCAUCGACUCCUCGUGCAUCCGGUGGAGCCUGCAGUGCUCAGGCAGGCGAGGGGCCUGCGCCUACUACGACAACGAUGCUCUCAGAGACAGGUACCUGGGCCUGCAGGUGGGCUACAAGGCGCUGGGCACGCUGCUGCUCUUCUUCAUCAGCUGGCGGGUGAAGAAGAACAAGGAGUACAAUGUGCAGGAGAAGGCUGCAAGCCUCAUCUGACCCUUGACCCUCGGCCCAACUGCAGGCCUGCUCCAGAGAGUGGACCCUGUCCCUCCACUCCUGCCUGUAUUUACUAAUGUUAACACGUCAUUUCCUUUUUGUUUUUUUAAAUAAGAAAGAAAACCUCAGCCACCAUUUGCCUUCCCUGCCUCCUCCUCCCAAAGGCCCCCCAAGAUCCUUAGGGCCACUGUGCACCUGGGCUGGGUGGGCACAGAGCCGGAGGGCCGGGGCUUACCUGGCUCCUUGAGAGGGCCCCACAUGCCCAGGCUCUCCUCAGUGCUGGGUCUUCCAGCAAGGAUGCCCACUGAGGCAGCACCUGCCCCUCACCAGUCCUGUGGGGGGUGGUUUCCUCAGUGGAGAGAGAAAAGGGGGCAUCUGCCCAGAGGAAGAAGGGAGUGAGCUGGGUUAUUAGUGGCCAGAGCCAGGCUAGGGGAAGGGGAGCCUGACUGUAGCCCCCUUUGCAUCUGGGUUCAGCACCAGCACAGAACCGAAGGGGAGCUGGCUCCCUCUCCCUCAGAUCCUCACUUCCUGCCCGAGAGGCCAUUUCGGAAGCUGCCAUGUUGGGGAGUAUGACCAGCUGGUCCCCUCUCAGUUACCCACACUCAGGCACCAGAGCAAGGACUAAGACACUCCGAGGGUGGGUCAUCCAAAUGCUGUUCACAUUAACUCUAGACCCUUCUGUACAUGGGUCUGCGCACGUUUAUCUGUCUUUCCGGGGGUACGUUUCAAAGUGAGAAAGCCACAGCAUGAUGCAGACCUGAGGAAAGCUAUGAAACGAUCAUGAUGCCCAACCUCCCACACCCACAAUGAGGGACAAGACUCCUCAGAGUGACGGGAAGACCCUCCCCGAGUUUCCCCGGGAGCAGAUGCGGCGGCUUCACCGGGACUUCCCUGCCUGGCCGUCAGCCUGUAAGCCGCGGAGCAGAGAGAGGCAGUCGAGGAUGACAGCAAAACCAGUGACAAAGCGAAGGGACUGUCAAUGCCGUGCUGGACGGCAAGCUGCAGCCUGCAAAGGAGAGGCCGGCAAGACUGACUUCAAACCUGCUUGUAUUCAUCAACAUUUUCUCAACCUCCGCUCACUGCCUCCAGAGAGGUGGGCACUCUCCGUGGGAGUGGGUUGAGGGACACUGCUGCUGUGUGGUAGAGGUUCAGAGUUAGAAGCCAACAAAGGAGGCCUUUCAUUAACAAAUAUUAUAUUUAUUGGAGACCAUCUUUGUACAAGGCAGUGCUAGUACAUGGUUCUCCACCGAGCUUCCCUGAGAUCUCCCCUCCCCUCCCUCGAUCGACACUAGGGCCUCCACCCAGAGUGUGCUCGGUGGGCAGUGGUGGGGGGAGGCAUAGUAAGAAGAUUGUCAACAGGAUCUUGACCAUCCAUGCCCCAGCAGACUGACCCCCACACCUGGCCCUUUGCCAGACAGGGAGUUGACUCACCAGGUCCUCUGGGGCAGCUGGGCAUUGGUCAUUGCCACAUGUGGAUCUCUUGAAUACCACUCCCAUGGAAGACCCCUCCAGAAGCAUACCAGAAGCCACCUCUGGAAAGGCCUCUCAUGGUGGUAAGCCAAAAAAUUUAUGUCAACGGCCGAACUGCCAUGAGACUGAAGUCUUUGUGAAAGCCACUGUUACAGACAGCCUUAUUUCCAAAGAUCUCACUCAGGAACCGAGGCUCCAUGCAACCUCAGGACCAGUUUCAGCAUUUAAAGUGGUUCUGCUUGGAAGAUGAUUCUCCGCAACUAACCCUGGUCCUUCUUGCUGCAAUUUAACCAAAUUCUGAAGGCACUGCCUUCAGCGGAGCUCACAAACAGUGAAUGCCAACCUUCAGAUUCUGGAAGAUUGGUUGCCCUCCUAAGCCUUUAUUCUAUUGUAAUAUUGCUAUUAAUAUAUUAUAAUUUUGCUACUGA